AUGGUAGACGAGAAGCGGCUGAAGGACCAACUGACCCGGAUGGGAUUCUAUGCGGUCAACACCCUCGGCGACGGCAACUGUCUGUUCAGGGCGCUUUCCGACCAGCUCUACGGCACCCCGAACCGCCACCUCGAGAUCCGCCAGGAGGUGUGCGGAUAUCUGGCCCAGCACGAGGCCCGCUACAAGGCCUUCGUCGACAUGGACGAGGACGAGAGCUGGGAAUCCCACCUCGAACUGAUGGCUAAACAGGGAACUUAUGGGGGCCACUUAGAGCUUUCUGCGUUUGCAAACUUCCAUCGUCGACCGAUCAAGAUCAUCCAACCAGGGAUGGUGUAUGUGAUCAGCUAUGAGGACGAAUCGCCGGGCUCGAGCUCGCAGAAAAAGGUUAUCAAGGGGAAGCUCAAGGGGAAAGGCAAGCGAUCGGAUGAUCCGGGACCGGUGAUGUCCCCUGCCGACACCCCCGUCUAUCUGGUCUACCAUCAGUGGGAACAUUACAGCAGCGUUCGUAAUCUCGAUGGGCCCCAUUCUGGGAUCCCUUGUAUCCGAGAGCGGGACCUGGAAAGCACGGCAUGCAUGGAGCCGAGCGGCCCGGUGGGCAAGAGCCGGAAGGCGAGCAUGAUGAGCUACCGCGAAUGUUCGUCGUCGCCGGCCUCGGCGGGCUCGUCCUCGACGACGACGACGACGGGGAGCGAGGAUACAGGGGGGGAGCUGGAGAAGCAGGCAGCGGGCGGGCGGCCUGGCUCUUCGAGUCUGUCCGACCGGCCCCGUCGGACGAAGAAGACCGCCCAACGCACCUCCCCCCUCUCCAGACCCCCUCAGUCUUCCCUCCCGCCCCCGCCCCUCGACCCUCGUCAGAUGCUCAAACCCCUCAGCAAACGCGCACUCAGACUCGCUCGACGGAACCAGAACGCUUCCAACCCCGCCGCUUCCUCCGCGCAGCUGUCUACCCAGAUCGACUCCGUCGGCCUGUUGAGGGAACUCAAAGUCUGA